AUGUCGUCAGAACAGAGCCCAACCGGCAAGGACCUGGAGUCAAGCGCGGCGCCAUCCACCGACUACUCCAAGACGGAGGAGGCAGCGCUCGACGAUGGACCGCUGGUGACGUGGGACGGGGAGAGCGACCCGCACAACCCGCAGAACUUCUCGUUCGCGCGGAAGCUGUUCAUCACCUUCAUCUGGGUGGCGGGCAACCUGGCGACGUGCAUCGCGAGCAGCAUCUACAGCAGCGGCUCGACGCUCAUGGCCGAGGAGUUCGGCGCCAGCACCAUCGUCAUCACGCUUGGCAUCAGCCUCUUCCUUGUGGGCUACACCAUCGGCCCCCCCUGCUGGGGCCCCAUCUCCGAGCGCGUCGGCCGCAAAUGGCCCACGACCUUCGGCAUGCUCCUCUUCACCAUCUUCUGCAUCCCGGUGGCGCUCGCGCAAAACAUCCAAACAGCGCUCAUCGGCCGCUUCCUGUCGGGCGUCUUCGGCGCGGCGCCUUUGUCCAUCGUCGGCGGCGGGCUGGUCGACAUCUGGAACCCGGUGCAGCGCGGCGUGGCCAUGGCCGCGUGCAUCGGGACCAUCUUCGGCAGCCCCAUCGUCGCGCCCGUCAUGGGGAACUUCGUCGCCGCGAGCUACCUCGGGUGGCGGUGGAACCACUGGUUGAUGUGCAUCUUCGGCGGGGCGGUGACGGUGCUGUGCGCGGUGGGGUUGCCCGAGACGCACGCGCCGACGCUGUUGAGGCGGAAGGCGGAGAGGGUGAGGAGGGAGACGGGGAAUGUGAAGGCGCAUUCGCUAUAUGAUGGCCAGGCGGUGGGGCCGAAGGCUAUUGUGCAGAUUUACCUGAUGCGGUCGUUCAGGAUGCUCAUCACCGAACCCAUCCUCCUCCUCAUCACCAUCUACCAAGCCUUCGUCUACGGCAUCCUCUACCUGAUCUUCGUCUCGUACCCCAUCGCCUUCCGCGAGGUGCGGCACUGGGCGCUCGGCGUCAGCGGGCUGGCCUACCUGGGCAUGUCGGUCGGCGUGCUGCUCGGCGCGGGCGUCGUCAUCGCCCACACGCGCACGCGCUUCGUCGCCAAGGUGCGCGCCAACGGCGGCGUCGUCGUGCCCGAGAACCGGCUGACGCUGAUGUUCGCCGGCGGCUGUCUGAUCCCCGUGGGGCUGUUCAUCUUCGGGUGGACGUCGAGGCCGGAUAUCCACUGGGCGGGGCAGAUUGUGGGGAGUGUCCCCGUGGCGAUGGGGAUGUAUAUGGUGUUUGUGCAGUGCUUCAACUACAUCAUCGACACGUACAUGAGCACGGCGAAUAGCGCGAUUGGCGCGAAUACGUUUGUGAGGUCGUUUUUUGGCGCGGGUUUCCCGUUGUUUGGUCCGGCUAUGUAUCAUCGUCUGGGCGUUGAUUGGGCGAGCAGUUUGCUGGCGUUCCUGGCGAUUGCAAUGAUUCCUAUUCCUGUUCUGUUCUACAAGUUCGGUCAUCAGAUCCGCUUGAAGUCCAAGACGGCGGAGAAUAAGAACUGA